AUGUUUUUAUUUAAAACUUUCUUAAACAUCUAAAAAUCAUAAUUUCUUAAAAAAUUUCAAAAUCGUUGUUAAUUCACCGCUUCCCGUGAAACCGAAGAGCCGCCCUAUGAUGAAUUAACACGUGAUUUUUUAAACCCUAAAGACUUCUACGAUCUCCUCUAAUAGAACGACAUAACAUUUUACACAGGCGUUCCUGAUUCACUCUUAGAGGACUUCUGUGCCUACGUAACUGACAAAUGCGACCCUAAAAACCACAUAAUUACCGCAAACGAAGGAUCUGCUUUAGCAACAGCCGCUGGAUAUCAUUUAGCGACAAAUAAGGUGCCUUUAGUAUAUUUAUAGAAUAGUGGUUUAGGGUGGAGAGGUGAGCCUGGUAAGAAAGACGAGCCCUAACACCUAGUUUAGGGUUAAACAAUGAACAGUUUAAUAACUGAAAUGGGUAUAUAAUUUGAGGUUUUGCCUGAUUUUAUUGAAGGAGCGACCGAAGCUAUUGAGAGUGCGAUUUAACAUGCAAAAAAAAGAAAACACCUUAUGCUUUAGUAGUUAAAAGGCAAUGCGCACGAUAGUGUAGGAGGUUAACCUACAGCAGCUUCCAAUGUUGAUUUUUGUAAAUUAGCCCUUAGUUUAGGUUAUAAUAAUGCUUAUUUGGUUUAAAAUGAAAAUUAAUUAAGCGAAAUUAUCUAAAAAUAAGAUACGAAGAUGGGCCAAUAUUAGUUGAAGUUUAAGUGA